UCAUGGAGACAGCAGAAGAGAAUAAUGGAGUCACUGCAUCUGAAGCAGAAAAGAAGACUCAAGCAGGUGAAGGAACAAAACUGUCUAGCUCUGAUGGCAAAGCAGUUUCCGGGGAGAUGGUCAUGCCAGAGCUUCCCAAGGUUACUCAAGAAAUGGUUAAUGCAUUGCUUGUGGAGUGCCGAACACGAACAGCCAGCCAUUCCAACAACAUAGCAGCUUCCACCCAUGGAGUGAAGGAGGAAACACAAAUGGAAACAGAGCAGGUUGAAAAUGCAGCACAGGAGACAAAAGAGCCGGCCAAGAACCACACAGAGGAGGAGAUAAAGAAGCAGGAGAAGGAGAGGAAAGAGAGGGAAGCGAGGAAGGAGAAGGAUGCGAGGGAAAGAGAGAGGAGGGAGAGGAGGACCUGGGAGAAGGAGGAGAGGUCUAAGAGGGAGAGGGAGUGGGAUGUAAGAGCCAGGAGAGAGAGGGAAAAGAGGGAGGAGGAGAGAAGGGAGUGGGAGAGGAAGGAAAGAGAGAGGAGGGAGAGAAAGAGAGCGUACGGUGAGGGCUUGUCAGGAUGGAGGUCAUCUUGCAGGUCAGCGGGAUUCAAGCCGAGUUCCUGGAGGGAUGCACAGGAUAACAACUCAGAGGCUGAGACCAAAAUGGUGGAGGAGGAGGACGAGGAGUUCCCAUUCAACCUGAGUGACUUUGUGACAGUAGAUGAAGUAGGAGAUACCGACCUUCCUCGUUCUCCUUCUCCUGUCGUUCCCAUGGAAACCACAGAAGGAAGGGAGGAUACUCCCACAUCUGUCCAACAGGACACUCCAGCGGACACACCCAUUCAGGUCGCCACAGAAACAAGAAGCCUAGAUGCCAUAGUGAUCCCGGUGAAGUCUGAUGAGCAAGUAUCAGAGUCCAAACCUGGGAGUGUGCCAACAGCUGAGUCUUCAGACAGUUUGGCGUUGUCGGCUUUAACACCAAGUCUGGUCCUCACCGCCGCAGCAUCGCCCUUGCCACCUUCACAAGCUGACUCAGCACUUCAGCACCUUUCCUCACCCACCCCUCCAGGUUCGGGUAACCCAGCGGACUCCUCCUCAAACAGUCCAGCAAUAGGGCCAGCGACUGCGGAGUGAGGAAGAUAAGAAGGAGGACAAUGCUCUCAAUCACAUUCAGGCUAAGGAGCAGGAGAUGGUGUUGGACAAAACAGAAGAACAGAAAAUUCAUGAUCAGGAGGACAAAGGAAAAGGAGCUCCCGCUGCAGAGACAGG